AUGUAUCGGUUACUGUUCUUCUUGUUCCUGGCCGCUGCUGUUUCAGCAAGAAACUAUUUUCGGGAGAAGCCCAAGUGUUACCAACCCCGUCUGAAGACUUCCCACGUUGGUGUUAGAACUGCAGCACGUCCUCAUGAGUCUAUGGACCUCGCUAAGCUGCCGGAAUCCUGGGACUGGAGAAAUGUCGACGGCACCAACUACGCCAGUACAACAAGGAACCAACACAUUCCCCAGUAUUGUGGCUCUUGCUGGGCACACGGCAGCACCAGUGCAUUGGCAGACCGCAUCAACAUCAAGCGUAAAGGUGCAUGGCCAUCUGCGUAUCUUUCUGUCCAACAUGUGGUUGACUGUGCUGACAGUGGCACCUGUCAUGGAGGGGACCACCAACCAGUCUGGGAAUAUGCCCAUAAACACGGAAUCCCUGACGAGACCUGUAAUAACUACCAGGCAAUGGACCAGAAGUGCAAACCCUUCAACGCCUGUGGAACCUGCACAACUUUUGGAAAGUGCAAUAUUGUGCAGAACUUCACUCUGUGGAAGGUUGGCGACUUUGGUGCAGUUACCGGACGAGAGGCUAUGAUGGCAGAGAUCUACACAGGCGGGCCCAUCAGUUGUGGGAUAAUGGCCACGGAGAAGCUGGAUGAGUACAUGGGAGGUCUCUAUUCCGAGUUUGUCGAGACUCCUGAGAUCAACCACAUUGUGUCUGUGGCCGGCUGGGGAGUGGAGAAUGGCACGGAGUACUGGAUCGUGCGUAACUCCUGGGGAGAACCUUGGGGUGAGAAGGGCUGGCUGAGGAUCGUGACCAGUGCUUACAAGGAAGGCAGUGGAAGCCACUACAACCUUGCUCUAGAACAGGACUGCAUGUAUGGAGACCCCAUUUUGCCCACAAGCUACCUCUAG